AUGUCCCUAGGACCUCGUCAACUUCCUUCACCUGCGCCUACACCAGGAUCGAGCAUGGUCCCACAUCCAUCGACCACCGAUGCCGAACCGAUGGAUCAAGCGUCUUUGAGAGCAGAGUUGGAAUGUCAGUUAUUGAAAUUAUCGCAGGACUUGUACGAGCUUGAAAUAUGCGCAGGGGAUGUAGGACAGGGUAUGGAAGAUGCCGUACCAAACUACCUCAUGAAAGUGAAUCAAGGUUUCAUCAAUUUAGAGAGGAUAUCCGGACAGCUGGGUGAAAGUGUGCCCCAUCAAAUAGUAGAACACAUAGACCGGUAUAAGAAUCCACAUGUUUUUACAAAAAACACAUUGACCAGGGCUGUGGGGGAGAACCAAUAUGCUUUAGGGCGAGUGCUGGGCUUAGAAAGCUUCCGACGUCAACUUCACGAUGCGUUGAAAGAAGAAUUGCCAGAAGUACCUCUACCAAAUAGGAAACAUCAACCCAUCCUUCCUUCGAAGACAGAUGUAGAUGAGAAUACGACAAAUCAAGAGCCAAAAGGAGACCAGGUGAAUGGUGAUUUGAACGUCAAAGUUGAAGAGAGAAUACAAUAA